GAGCCGCGCUCAGCGGCACCGCACGGCGGCACUCUAUGGUCGAGGCGUAGAAGAAGGCCGCGGGAGGGGGCGCUCUUGCCGCGCUCUCUGUGGUACGUGACCUCAUCAGUGUGCGACGGCGGCGACAGCUGUGGCGACCGGAAGCUGUGUGUGUGUGGGCACGGCACGGUACUGUAACGGCGCGCCGUGAAGGGGAGCGUUCCUGCUGAGGUCGCUUCCUCGCAGACAUGACCACACAGUAUGGUAUUCUCUUCAAGCAAGAACAAGCUCAUGAUGAUGCAAUCUGGUCAGUUGCCUGGGGAAAGAAUAAAAAAGAUGGUUCUGAAACAGUGAUCUCUGGUUCUUUGGAUGAUCUUGUAAAAGUCUGGAAGUGGAAUGAUGAGAAAUUGGAUCUACAAUGGACGUUGGAGGGUCACCAGCUAGGUGUGGUGUCUGUGGAUAUCAGCCACACAGGCUCCAUUGCAGCAUCUAGCUCCCUAGAUGCCCACAUUCGCCUUUGGGAUCUAGAAACUGGCAAACAGAUCAAGUCAAUAGAUGCUGGCCCUGUUGAUGCUUGGUCCCUGGCUUUUUCACCUGAUUCCCAGUUCCUUGCAACAGGAAGUCAUGUGGGAAAAGUAAAUAUUUUCGGUGUUGAAACUGGAAAAAAAGAAUAUUCUCUGGACACAAGAGGAAAGUUCAUCCUUAGCAUUGCAUAUAGCCCAGAUGGAAAAUAUUUAGCCAGCGGAGCAAUAGAUGGCAUUAUCAAUAUUUUUGAUAUUGCAACUGGAAAACUUUUGCACACGCUAGAAGGUCAUGCGAUGCCUAUUCGUUCACUGACAUUUUCUCCAGACUCUCAAUUACUUGUAACUGCUUCAGAUGACGGCUACAUCAAAAUCUACGAUGUACAGCAUGCCAACUUGGCUGGCACACUGAGCGGUCAUGGAUCCUGGGUAUUAAAUGUAGCAUUUUGUCCUGAUGAUACCCACUUUGUUUCCAGUUCAUCUGAUAAAAGCGUAAAAGUUUGGGAUGCUGGAACAAGAACCUGUGUUCAUACUUUCUUUGACCACCAAGACCAGGUUUGGGGCGUGAAAUAUAAUGGAAGUGGGUCUAAAAUUGUAUCUGUUGGAGACGACCAAGAAAUCCAUAUUUAUGACUGUCCUGUUUAAAUGUCUUGAGUUAAAUGCUUUGGUUUUCUGCUGCGGCAUUUCUUAGAAAUACUGCAGUUCAUGUAUUAUUACUUUUUUAUUAAAAAAGCAUUUUAGUAAUGCUGAAGAAAUGAGAUAUCAUUUGUAAUUUCAAUUCUGUUUAGCAUGGGAAAAAGCUUUACUUUUUUAAAAAUAAAAGCUACCACUGCAAUUAA